AGAAACAGAAAGAUCUCUAUUUUCCUAUUUAAGAACUCAAACUUGUGCUUCUUUUCUCUAGUCUUUCUUUCUUGUUCUUCUUAUUACCGGAAUCUGUAGGAAUGGAGCCUUCCAAAAUGUUUGGAGGAACAGAAGAAUGUCACAGCAGUGAAUCUGGGUGGACAAUGUAUAUUGGUUCCCCCAUUCAUGAUGAUGAUGAUGGAAGCAGUUCUGAUGCCAAGGCACAUGACACUGCUGAGGAUGAUGGUGGUGCUGAUGAUGAUGAUGACUCAGAUGCAAAUGAUGAUGAUUCUAUGGCUUCUGAUGCUUCUUCAGGUCCAAGUCAUGAGAUGGUUCGUUUGAAGCAUGAGGAGGAUGAUGAGGGUGAUGAUGGAAAGUCAUACUCAUACAUGGACAACAAGAAAGCUAACAAACCAAUGGAGAAGCAAAACAUGGGAAAAAACAAGAGUCCCAAGAAAAACGACAAAGGAGACAUGGCUGGCAGUAGUGCUGCUCCUUCUCAAAGUGGUUCCAAGGUAAGAAAAAGCUUCUGGCAUCCCAAGAGAAAGUAGUUUUCUUCUGUGUUCAUUUUGGUUGAUCUGCAGUAUGUUAGCAUGUGCUCAAAAAAUGUGGAUCAGAUAAGAAAGUAGACUCUCUCUCUCUCUUUAUGUUUCUCGUCAUGUGUUUUUAAGAGUUCAGAAGUUCCGAUGUAAGCGUUCUUUUUUCUUUUCCCAGAUGGAAUGAAUGUAAGAGUUUAAAUCAAGAAACAUAUGUUAAUUUAUAGCUUUUGGUUCAAGCUAUUACAAGUUGUAAAUUUUCCUAUUUCCAUGCAUACAUUAGUAUAAAAAUGUGUUCAGUAC